AUGACGGCGCCGCCGCACCUCAAGGGGCUUGCUGCAGCCCAAACAGCCGCCAGCCAGCCAGACUCGCCCGAGGAGACGCCAAUCCUUCCUCCUCCUCCUGUCCUCAUCUCCAUUCUCGCCUCCCUCGCACCGUCUCGCUCGCACUCGCCCAUUCCGCCAUCCGCCGCACCUCCGCCACGAGCCCUCGAGCGCAGACCCAGCCCUCGUCCUCGCCCCGAAACCGGACGCACUGCUUCGCUCUUCACCGCAACUCGCUCCUUCCCCUCUUUCCCUCCUCCCUCCCACUCGCUCUCAGCGUCUCUGUCUCCUCUGCGCCCAUCACGACAGUGCGCUCGAACAGCCGAUGCCGAGGCGGGCUGUUCUUCGCCCCGUCGACGACGCUCGCUGUUUAGAGAGCUCGACGUUUCCAGGUGGCUUCGGUGCGAACCGGGCCUUCCGCCUCCGCUUCUCUCGCUUUUGCCCCCUGGCCUCCGCCCUCUUCCUUUCCAGAGCGCCUGA